ACUGCACUAAGUGAUCCGGAUAUCAAACAACUUUCAACAUGAAGUGAAUAACAGACGGCACAACUCAGCCCCGUACAUUACGUUCUCGUUUGGAUCUGUAUUGGUUGCAUACAUGUAUUUUAGAUACCUGUUGAAGACUCAGAGAUAAUUAAUUUCAUCCUUAAAUAUACGGUGUACGUGGACGAUCCUUCAUCCAGUGAGAGUGGACAUGAAAUGGAGAUGUGCAGUACCAUUGAUAGCAGCUUUCUUCAGGGGUCGGGCUCAGAGUCCUCUGAAUUUUCUCAGUCUAGGAACGAGGUGAGCUCGUAUUCCGGCCAAAAUGAGGACUCCAAUUCCAGCAGCAGUGAUACGGUGGCAUCGAAGAAAUUCAAGCGCAGCAAGGAGGAUAAGAUAUGUCUGGUCUGUGGGGAUAAGGCGCUUGGCUACAACUUUAAUGCCAUUACUUGUGAAUCGUGUAAAGCAUUCUUCCGGAGGAAUGCUCUGAAAUCAGAUCAACCAAAAUGCCUUUUUCAAAACGACUGCCUGAUUGAUGUUCGCACACGCCGCUUUUGUCCUCACUGUCGUCUGCGCAGAUGUUUUGAAGUUGGAAUGAAGAAAGAAAUGAUAUUGGAUGAGACAGAAAGGAAAGCCAGGAUGCAGAAAGUGGCCAUGAACAGACAAAUGAAACAGAAGCAUCCCCAAGUUGGUGAAAUUAUCAUUAAACAAGAGCCAGUCAGCAUUUCAAUUGAAGCUACAAGCUCGAUGCCAGACACUCAGAGUGGUGGAGAUGAGAAGACAACUUUUCCCACAGUAGCGUUUGGGAAUUCCCAGCCCCUGAUUCUGCCCACCCUGACGCCUGACACUGUGCCGAAGGACCCCAAAAUGUACCGUAUUCUGAAAACAGAGGAGAAAAUGCUGGUGGAGGAACUAUCCGUGGCGUACGUGGAGACCCUCGGUGGGUUCGCCAAUGAAACCCAUGUCAACAAGGAGGAGAGUUACUCCAGUGCAGACGAACUGGUCAAUAAUUCCGAAAUUGCUGUGCGAAGACUUAUAAAAUUUGUGAAAAAAAUUGCUCAAUUCCGGGGCAUGAGCCAAGAGAACCAAGUAGCCUGCCUUAAAUCCUGUGUGUUGAAUGCGUUGUUGUUACGAUCCGUAAACUUCUAUGAUGCAGAGAAUGAUGCAUGGAAAACCCCCACAGGAAGUAUUCCGACAAGUGUUUUAAAGCACGCUACAGGGUUCAACGAUCUUCACGAUGCACACACUUCGUAUUGUGCAGGGUUGAAGAAACUGACGCGAGAUGACAGUAAUAUCAUGGCCCUGAUUCAAACAAUCACAGUGUUUAAUCCAGAUGGACAGAAUCUUGAGAACAGACAAACUAUCUCUGACAUCCAAGACCAGUUUAUUCAGCUCUUGAGGCACUAUCUCGAAUCAGAGGUAUCCUUCAUGCAUUCCCAAUUAUUUUUCUCCAACAUUUUGCAGAAGAUAUCAGAAUUAAAAGGACUAGGGGAGGAUCAUGCCCGCAUUCUCUUACAGAUCAAUUCCAACAAGAUUGAGCCCCUCAUGCUAGAAAUUCUGAAUCUUCAGUGAUUUCACACAAUAAGGGACUGAGGACCACAAAGAAACUCUUUGUACCCGUAUUUGUUACAUUCCUAUUUCAAGAUGAAAAUAUGGCAGCUUUUGAAUUUCAUGUAUAGGAAGAAGUAUUCACAAUAUCUGAAUUACACCGGAAAUGCUGUUACAGUAACAACAUCCCUGUGUAUGACUUUUGUAUUAUGACUUACAAUUGCAGUACAUUAAUGGUACUCCAGAGCAUCAUUGCCCUCCUUACUAACUUGAAUACCUGGACUCUUUACCAAAAACUUUUUUCCCCUCAGUACAAUUUUUUUUCACUUUUCUGUUCUUUUGACAAGAAGACUAAAUGAAGGUAUUAUUGUGAGAUGUUCUUCUAUAAAAACACCCCCCCCCCCCCCUCCUCUUGGUUUAGACACUGUUUUUCAGACAUUUAAGAUUGGAUCAAGUUAAUGAUAUGUUAAGGGCUGAAUCAUGCAAUUACUAGGGAUUGUUUGCAAUGAGUGAUUUUAUUAUUUGUUUUUUUGACAGGCAUAAUAAUGUACCAAUACCAAUAUAUAUGAUGAAUGGAAAUUAUAUUUUGCAAAUAAUAUGCUCACUGAUUUUUUGCUUAAAACCUUCACUGCGCACCUAUAAUCACUACACAUAUAUUCAUAUUAACCAUAGAUAUAAUUUCCUAUGAAAUUUCAUCUAGAGGUUAUAAAACCUGCAUUAUAUGAUAAGGUUAACAAUAUAUUGUUUCAUUCUGUGUUACUGAUCAUAAAACAUGCAAGUCUGUUGGGGAAAAAAAUGAUUAUACAUGUUAAUAUAGAGAAAAGAUGUAAUAUUACUAUCUACGUGACUGUGUACAAAUAUAAAUUAAAUAUACUUGUACAUUUAAUGAUAAAAAUUGCAUUUUAUCAGACUACUAUCUUUAGAAUAUCAAAAAAAGUAAAGAUGUUAUUAUUAUUUGGAGAGGAUGAAGUACGAAGGUCUUAUAGAGGCACAUAUUGUUUAAACUAUUUGAUAUUGAUAACAAAUUUGGCAUUAUUCCAUUUGCAACAUGUCUUACUUCAUCAUAAAAUUUACACUUUGGUUACAAUUAUCAGAGCCAGAGGUUGCUGUCAAAUUAUUUUUAUAGAGUUGAUAUCUUACUUAAGGUACCUAUUCUUUUACGCUGAAGGGACACGUGGCCUUGAUGACAGCUCUCCGUUGUUUCUAUCUUGAUUUGGAUGCACAUUUGACUUCACUUAAGGACAUUUGGAAGUGAUUGGUAGUGGCUUAAUUCUGUUUGCUGAACCCCCACCCCAUCAAGAAAUGAAACAUUUUUUUCCCUUCAUCUAAAUCACUUCAUAAUAUUCUUUCAGUUGAACUUAAACAGUAUACUGGACAUGUAUGCAAUAUUAGAGAGAAAUAAUGUAAUACAGUGGUUGUUUUGUUAAUUGAAGACCUCAGUUACUUUCAGUGACACUCAGUAAUAAGGUGUAUGUUUCAAAUACCAGCAUUAAUUGCAUUGGCACUUGAGUCUGCAGCAAUUAUUCUUACUCUGUGUGUUUUUGUUGAAAAUUAGAUCAGAAAUAAAAAAUCAUGAAAUUUGACCUAAUAUAGGAACAUGUAUUACUAAAAUGUUUUUAUAAUACAAGAGUUGACCAAUUUGCAAUGAUUGUUUUGUUCAGUAACAUUCUUUUUUUUUUCUUUGUUCAUUUUUUAUUUAGAAUUUACAGCAUGAUCAUUUUCUAAAAGUUCAUGUGAACACACUUUUAAGUGAAACAUCCUGGUUUUAUUUACUAUGGGCCAUCACAUCACAUGUAGCAUUUAAUCAUAAGUUCCAUGAUUCUGCGUCAAAAGUUUGACCUACAAAUGCACUAUAAAUUCGACAGUCACUUUCCAGUGACGAUUUGUAUAGUUGGUAAUUGUUUACAAUUAUAGUUCUUGUGUCAGGUAAUAUUUUUGGUGUUUGGCAUUGUUCCAAUUUUACUUGUAGAUUUUUGUAGUAAACUUGAGGUGUGGUAUUGUAGAAAAUAUAGUUUGGAUAUGAUGUUGGUUCAAAAUGUAAUAGAAUCUUUUAUAUUGUUUUAGUAGUUAAGACUAUGCUCAAUUUAUGCCUAUGAAUUAACGACAUUGUCCCUAUCAUAGUGCUAUUGAAUGAUGUAUUUUUGAAAAAUAUUGAAAAGGUGACAAUCAUGAAAUAAUGCACAGUCUAGUGUUUGUGAUCUAUGUGUCUUAUGAAUUCCAUGUGUUUGCUGUGCCACUUGUAUAUGUGAGGAGAUGGAGAAUAUAAUUCCAGGGUAAACUAAACAACUUUUUGAAAGUCAUACAUGUACCAAAGUUAGGAUAUAUUUUAUUUCAUCUCGUCUUGCUCUCCAAGUAGCACCUCUUAUUCCUUAAUUACUUGGUAUCUGUACUAAAAAGAAGAUGUUAAAUUACUUGCUUUGCAAAGUAUAACUAUUUUGAUGAGAAUCAUAAUUGUUUACUUGUACAGCUACAUCCUUCAUGAAACUAUAAUGCUUUAUUAAAUAAAUAUCAAUUACCGGUAAAUUAAAUUUAAGUACUGUAGAUUCCUAAUUAAAUGCGAGGAAUAAUAUCCGAAAUUACCAAAAUGUCUCUUUAAUUUUUUGGAAAGGUGUAAACUUAAUAGAACUGUGAUAAAAUUUGGGGGUCGCGAUUUGAUAUUCUCGCAAUUUUAUGCAAAACUGUUGAAUCGUGAAAUUAAGUACUCACGUAAAAUUAGGAAUUCAGUUUCUAUAAAGUUUGAAUGCUUACCUUAAAGUCAGAUCUACUAAACUUCAUGGUACAAAGCUUUGUUCCAGACUGUGUAAUUUUGUGUAAAUAAUUUAUUUUUUCUGUUAAAAAUCAAAGGUAUACAAACUGGUGAUGGAAACACAAUUUGCUCUUAAAACACAAUUAUCUGUGACUCAGGCUGUAGGACUUCAUAGAUGUACCGCAGCAACAAGAUUGUUUUAACACAGAUUAAAUUGAUCUUUUUUAUGCCCUUUAAUUGGUAAAUUUGGAAAUUAUUUUGCACAAAAAUACCAAAUGCUGUUUGAAACUUUUCUUAUCAGCAAAAGUUAAUCUUCAAAAAGUAUUCCUUUAUUCAUUAUAUUUUGGUAAAUUUAGAAAUGAUUUUGCACAAAAAUACCAAAGGUUGUUUGAAACUCUCCUUGUCAGUAAAAUUAAAUCUUCAAAGAGUAUUUGAAGAGGACGUGUAUAAGAAAUAUAAUCCAGAUUCUAAAAAAAGAAACAGCAGAAAGCGAUAGAUAUUUAUGAAAAUGCUGUGUAAAAUUUUGAGGGAACGCGGAUACUAUUUUAUGUAAGAUUAUAGAGAAUUUUAAAUAAAUCUUCCUUGGUUGUCUUUGCCUUUGAUUGUCAAUGGCAUUAUAUAGCAGGUGAUUGUGUAAUACUUCACUCUUUUAAAAGAUAUUUUUGGUAAAAAUGUCUGGCUGGAAUGUACAAGACUGUUCACUAUUAAAGUUUGAUCAACCAGCUGAUUUUCAUACUUAUAAUUGUUAAACCAGGAGAUUGGCUUUAAACAAUAUAUUAUGUGCUCAAGUUGAUGAUAACGAAUUGUUAAAUUUUACUUUAUCUUUGUUAAGUUUGAUUUUGUUACCAUUUUUUAGGGUUAUAAUUUCUCCCUUGCUUUUAGAAUGUAUCUUUGUUGUUAAGUGAUAAUGAUAAUAUUAUAUUUAUAUAAUUAUUUAUCGUAAUAUUCAUUGUCAUAACGUGCUGUGCAUGUACCAUUAUUUUAAAUUAUGUAUCUUUUAAAUGUACUGUAUAUUUCUUACAAAUAUAUUGUUAUGAAAUUGCUGUCAUUGUGUAUUAAAGUAGAAAUUUAUUAUUGCCCUCGAUCAUAUUGAAGUGUCUUAACAUAAAUAAUAUUGGGCAUAUAUUUUUUUUACCAUAUCAACUUAAAUAAUUUUGACCUUUUUCUCUUACAAUGAGUUUAAUUUUAUCAUCUUGAAAGUUUUAUGGUAACUUUCUUAUUUUAAUUCGUCAUACUGUGCAUUAAUUACUAGUAGGUAAAUCAGAACCUGUUAAUUGAUUUAAGAAUAGUUAUUGUAUCAUUGUCCAUCCCAUUAAUACCCAUUUCAUGACUUAUAUUAAAAACAACCUCAUUAGUGAAUGUGACCCACUGACCUAGAAAAACAGAUUUCAGACAUAAUACCGUUACCAACUCUGUUAAUUUUUUUCUACAUCAAUUAUCUUUAAUGUAAUAAAAAAAAAUGAAACGUCAGACAAGCUACAAACUUUUUACCCCUAGAAAUCUGCAAACUCUUUGAUAGAUUUAUAUACUGAUAUGUAUAAAUUUAAUUUUAAGUAAUAAUAAUAACUUAGUAACAUAGAAACAAUACUUUUUUGCGUUAGUAUAUAUUUUCUCCUUUUUGAUAUUUUAAAAAUUUGAUAUUAAUAUCAUUUUCAUCAGAGUGUAUUUGAAAAUCUAAAUUUGGUAGCAUGUUUUUUAAUGUACAAAAAAUUGUUCAUUUAUACAGUUUAUGAAAGACCAAUAAGUACUGUAAUAGAAAAAGUAAGUUCAUACUGACAUAAAUGUGCAUAUAAAUAUGCCAAAAAUUCGAAGCUAUUAUGAUUUAAUCAUUCCAUGAAUUAAAAGUAAAAAAAAUUGAAAUACUCAAUAAACAAAAUUCAACUUGCAAUAUCAGGGACCUAUAUACUAACUAUACCUAAACCGUUUAAUAAGACUUUGGCAAUAUCAAAUUUGUGCAACAAAUUAGCAAACAUAAUAAUAAUGUACUUGUAAUAUUUUUGAAAUUAGUAUCCAUAGGAAUCUGGUAUUCUCUGUUCUAUUAGACCGACUUCGUCCUGCUUUAUACCUUAAUGAUUCAGGUAGAUGUUCUUGUGAUCACCUGUGUACACAUAUGGGAUUAAAUUCGGUGUACAGGUAUUACAUCAGUACGACCCGUUGUUGUGAUGUUCAUUUUUAAACAACUUCAUGUGAACAGCAUAACUUGUUUACAUAUUGUUGAGAGUAUGUAUUUUUCUUGCGGUUUCAAAUAAAUAUAUUUCAUGAUAAAA